UAAAUGAUUAUGCCUGAAUUCAGUCAGGUAUUUUAAUAAAGUGAGAAAUGUUUAAAGAGAGAAGUAAACGUGAAUGGCUUGUCAGUGUUACAGUAAGAUGUAAACAUUACCUUUUCAAAAACAAUCGCCAUACUUCCUGAUAAAAAACAAACAAACAUAAACCGCUACUUUAAAAUCAUCAUCAUCAUCAUAAUAAAAUAAUAAAGUGUCAGGAGGAGAUUCCAGCCAUGGAGAAGACAGCACCAGACCCAGAAAAGAAGACAAACACUGCCACCGUUUCUAAAGAGUGUCUGGAGGCAGGCUUGGAUAAAGACUUGGAUGACUCUGACUUAGGCAACCAUAGUUGUGAGUUUUGUGGGAGCAGUUUUGAAUCCAGGCGAGGUCUCUCCAGUCACGCCCGGUAUCAUCUCAGGCAGCUGGGAGUGGCUGUGUCUGACAGUAGUGGAGCUCCUAUAGACCUCCUGUACCAGCUAAUGAAAGAAAGAGGUGGAACUGUACCCAAACUCGAAAAACAGGUCAGCCCUGUUAAAAAAUACAAAACAAAGUCCCCCAAGCUCAAAAAAAAGGAUUCUGGGCCCAAACUGAAGAUUCAAAUAUCCAACCUUGUAAAGAAAAAAUAUGCCCUUUCCUCAUCUUCCCCCAUUGCUGUAAAGGGAUCAGCAGCAUCUGGUCGCUCUUCUUUACCUUUCGCUGUAGGGAAGCCUCGUAAAGCAUCUUCAAAGAAGACUAUAGUGUCCACUCCAUCUUCAGCCCUGUCUCUUCAUAAGGAUGUGGAAUUCAGGCUCAGUGAUGUUAGUCCGUCUACCUCCCUCUCACUGGCCUCAGCUAAGCCCCUCUGGGCCCCUCAGGAAACAGAUGCCCCACUCAGUUUAGAAACUAUGAUGAAUUCUACAGUGAGGGAUGACGUUCAUGUAUGUGAAUUAUGUGGAGCAUGGUACGAGACCCGUAAAGGUCUCUCCAGCCACGCACGGGCCCACCUGCGGCAGUUUGGUGUGAAUUUGGACUCUAAAGUUGCUCCCAUAGACAUGCUUCAUACAUUUAUUCAGAGUGAAGAGUUCAAGGAAAAGGCCAGUGCUGGGCAGCAGGAAGGGUCGGGUUUUGAGGAAUACACAUCCCCCUCCUCCACUCCUUCCACCUUGUCAGCCAUCAGCAAAAAUCCCCCUCUUGCUCCUCUGUCGUUUAAUGGGCUGACAUCCAUUCCUUUAACACCUCCCUCUAUCAAAAAGAAGAUUAUUUCUCAUGACUUUGCAAGAAACUUGCCCCUCAGCGACAAAGUGGAGUUUAAAUCCCCUCCUUCAGCCGAAAAGCACAAGAUUUCACUUGAUGUUUCAGGGAACAUGUCACUCAGCGGCCAAAUAGAAUUGAAAUCAUCUCCCUCAGAAUUGAUAUCGUCUCCCCCAAACAAAAAGCUGAAGAUUUCUACAGAUGUUUCAGAGGAAUUGCCUUUCAGCAAGAAAACUGAAUUGAAAUCAGCUCCCUCAGUGAAGAAGCAGAAGAUUUCUCUAGAUGUUUCAGCGAGCUUGCCCCUUGGUAAAAAAGCUGAAUUUAAAUCACCCUCUGGAGGUGAAAAUUGUGAGUCAUCUAAAGAUGUCAACUGUGAGUUCUGUCUUUUUAAGUUUAAGAAGAGUCAGAGCCUGGCCAGUCAUGCCUGCUAUCACCUGCGUCAGCUGGGCAUCCCCGAGUGGUCCGUCCACGGGUCUCCCAUUGCUACUCUGCGUGAGGUCAUGGCCCAGCGUGGUAGUUCUGUGGGAUCUCUCAGUCCCCUGUGUCCACCCUCGAUGAGCACACCUGUAUCCCCUUCUGCACCCCCUCUCCUCUCAUCCCCUAAACCCAUCACCCAGCCUUCCUCUCCUCCUACUGUUCCUCACAAAGUUCCAAAGGCCAAAAAAGGUUCCAGGACUGUGAUCCCAAAACCAAAGGACGAGCCUGUGGAGGUUGAUAUCUCUAUCAUAGAGUCUCCUAAGCCACAAAGCACUCCCACCAGCCCUUUAUCACCUCUAUCUGAAUCCAACACCAUUAGAUCGCCUGUGAUCGCCCCUAAGCCCGAGAAGCAGGAGCCCAAACCGUUCGUAUGCUGCGAUUACUGCGGUGAGAUGUUUGAUACUCGUAAAGCCCUGUCCUGUCACGCACGUGGUCACUUACGACAGCUGGGAGUACGGUGGUCCCUGAAAGUCCCACCCAUAGAGGCGCUGUAUGAGCUCAUGAGGAGGGAGGGCACUGAACGGGCAUCCCAAAUCAAAUCAGAACCUUCACCAGGGGCGGCAGUGCAGUGGAAAAAAACAGCAUCCUCACCUCAGACAUUAUCUCUGUCACCUGGGGAAAAAGAGAAGCCCGCCUCAGACAGCAUGACUACAGGCUGCGAUGCCACCUGUGAACUCUGCGGCUUUGAUUUUGAGAAUCGAAAGGCACUGGCCAGCCACGCGAGAGCCCACCUGAGGCAGCAGGGAGUGGAUUGGAAGGUCAUCGGCUCUCCUAUUGAGACCCUGGCGGCCUGGAUGAAGAGUGAGCCGUGGAAGGUAGCAGAGCUCCAUAAAAGCUACAUGAGGGGACAUUUGCCUCUUGUUAAGAAGGCCUCUAGAAGAACCUCCACUCCAUACACGUCCUCAGACUCUGAGUCUGUCCGUCUUGGUUCUCACAAAGUUUCAUCAGCUGCUCGAGACUCUGUAGCUCGGCUGCAGGUAUCCCAGUUUUCCAAAGCAACUAGAGAGGGCAAAGCAGGCAUGAGCCACUCCUCCUCAUCACAUAAGAAAUGGCCUUUAUCAGAUGAACUGUCCUCAAACAGCCUGAUCCAGAUCCCCACAGCCCACAGUGAACUGAACGUUCGUUCACCUCGAGGCUGUGAACGGCGUCCUCCAAAGCAUUUCUCUCACUCUGAGAGUGUAUCUGGGGAAACAGGACCUUCAAAGCCUUCCCGGGCUGGAAACAUUCCAUCCUUGGUGCCUAGACUGACAGAGACCAGCCUAGUAAAGCUAGUAGGAAAAAUGUACUCCCUUAAGUGCAGGUUUUGUGAGGAGAUUUUCAGAGGGCCGCUCUCCAUACAGGAGGAUUGGGUCAUGCACCUACAGCAGCACAUCCUCAAGCUGAAGAAAGAUUCAGCCUCGAGCUCAUCACCUCAGCCUCCUCUCAGUCGCAGCGAAGCGCCGCUGCUUAUUGGCCCUCAGGCUGUCUAGAUGCUCUUUCUGCUGUGGUCUUUCUUUUCAAAAUUAUGCAAUUGCACUUCACUGACUUUUAUAAUAACAUGUUUAGCUUUAUUGACCACAGCAUUUCUUACCUGUCAAGUGUUGUCCAGUGGAUUUGAAUGUACUUUAUUGUAUUUCACUGUUUAUAAUGUGUUGCCACAUUUUACCAGUUUUCUUGAUUCACAAGAUUUAAAAGCUGUUGUUUUAUAUUGUACUUAAAGUUUGAAAUAGUACUUAAAGUGUUUAGUUUUAAAUAAGGUUUUAUUGUUUUAUGAACAAAAUUGUGUAGACCAGCAUUUGGUCAUUGAAAUGAAGUUAUUGUUCUUACUUUUUAAUAUACUACUUCAAAUUUUAAAAACAGUGCUUCUCAUAUCAGUGAAUGAGCUGAUUUUUCAAUGCCAAAAAAAUCCAAUAAAAGGGAUUUCUACAGAUUUUAAUUUCUGUGUAUUUUCAGGAUUUUUCCAGUUUUAAGCAGUAACCAGCAUUACUUAUCUGCAGGCCUUCUCAAGUGAUCCCAGCAUUAAAUGAAACUUUAAUAUGUCUUGUUUUUACUAACAUGUUUUUGAGGAGCUUUUUUCCCUAUAUUUUCAACACUGAUUCUAUUACAUGUACUUGUGUAUUUGUCUUUGUAAAACACUGUGCCAGUGUCUGAUUGGAGUAAAGGCUGUUUUAUAUUCCAACAACAGAUAUUAAUAAAUACUUUCCAGAAUGUAUAUAGAAAUCAUAUAGAGUUCCAUAUACAUUAUUGCUCAUGUGAUAUGUGAGGUUCUUUUUUCUUGGUCUCAGGCUUUGCAAGGUUUCAAUUCAAAUUCAGUUGAAUCAAACUGUCAUUGACAAGCUGUAGUCCUUGCAAAAUCAUUUAAUUAAAUGCAGUAUUGAGACAACUUUUUAUACCUGCAUUUGAUAACCAAUUAAUAAAGACUUUGAAUCUUU